AUGGAGGCUAAAACAGGCAUCAGAUCAGAGAUAUGUUAUUUCAUUAACUUUUGCUCAUGGUACCUUAUCGUUCUGAUCGUGAUGCUAUGGCUUAUCCUUAGUCAACCUGUAUCUUAUGGUGGUUUGGCUUCUGGGGAAAGUCAUUGUUUAAAUCUGUCUGGCGUUUGCAGAAGAGACAUCUGCAAAAUGACAGAGGAUCAGAUUGGUGCCUGCAAAAGAAGAUGGGUGUGCUGUAGAGCGUGGUGGAUUCUUAUACCAGUUCCAACGCCAGUUAUCUACUCAGAUUAUCAAGAACCCCUUAAGCCUAAAUUGAAAUGA